AUGCGCCUUAAGCGGGGGGAGGUGGGGCCUCAGCCGCAGUGUGGGCCCGGGCCUCGCGCAGCCGCAGUGGUGGGGGCCGGGCCUCGCGCAGCCGCAGUGGUGGGCCGGUCCGGGCCUCGCGCAGGCGCAGUGCGGGUCCGGCCCCAAAUGGCGGCGUGGUGCCUGUCCCGCUGGCUGGCGACGGCCGCCGGGCCCGCCCGCCUCCGCUCCGCCGCCGCCGCCGCCGCCGCCGCGGGGAACGGGGGCCGGGGGCAAGGGCACCGACACGGGCACGGAGCCGCCCCCUUCUCCUCCUCAGCCUCCUCGGCCUCCUCCUCAGCCUCCCCCCCGGGCCCGGCGGGCCGCCGCGGCCGCCGCCCCCCGGGGCCCGCCCUCACGCUGACCACCAAUGGCGGCCUCAAAGGAAGAAAAUGUCAUCCUUUAAUCCUUGCUGCUCCAUUUCACACGAGCUCCUCUUUCUUCACCAAAGACUAUUACCAGAUAUUAGGAGUGCCCCGCACUGCCAGCCAGAAGGAAAUCAAGAAGGCCUAUUACCAGCUUGCCAAGAAAUAUCACCCAGAUACCAAUAAGGAUGAUCCUCAGGCCAAGGAGAAAUUUUCACAUCUGGCAGAAGCCUAUGAGGUAUUAAGCGAUGAAGUGAAACGAAAGCAGUACGAUACGUAUGGCUCCGCGGGCUUUGAUCCUGGAACGGGAGGCUCUGGGCAGAACUAUUGGCGAGGAGGCCCUAGUGUUGACCCGGAGGAGCUCUUCAGGAAAAUCUUUGGGGAGUUUUCCGGUUCUUCCUUUGGAGAUUUCCAGAGUGUGUUCGAUCAGCCUCAGGAGUACAUCAUGGAGUUGACAUUCAUUCAAGCUGCAAAGGGAAUUAACAAGGAGUUCACCGUGAGCAUGAACGAUACUUGUCAGCGAUGUGAUGGCAAAGGAAACGAACCUGGCACCAAAGUGCAACAGUGCCAUUACUGCAAUGGCACCGGCAUGGAAACCAUAAACACCGGCCCCUUCGUGAUGCGCUCGACGUGCCGGCGAUGCGGCGGCCGCGGGGCCAUCGUGACGACGCCCUGCGUCAUGUGCCGAGGAACGGGACAGACCAAGCAGAAGAAGAAGGUGGUGAUCCCCGUCCCAGCAGGAGUUGAGGAUGGCCAGACCGUCAGAAUGCCCAUAGGGAAAAAAGAAGUGUUCAUCACAUUCAGGGUGCAGAAGAGCCCCGUAUUCAGGAGAGAUGGAGCAGACAUCCACUCGGAGCUCUAUAUUUCGGUAGCUCAGGCCAUUCUCGGUGGAACGACCAGAGCUCAGGGGCUGUACGAGACUAUCAAUAUCAUGAUUCCCCCUGGGAUUCAGGCAGAUGAGAAAAUUCGGAUGGGUGGGAAAGGAAUCCCCAGAGUUAAUAGCUACGGCUACGGAGACCACUACAUUCACAUCAAGAUUAAGGUUCCCAAGAGGCUGACAAGCAGGCAGCAAAGUCUGAUGCUGAGUUAUGCAGAGGACGAGGCUGAAGUAGAAGGCACAGUCAAUGGAGUCACAAAUACAACCACCGGCGGCAGCACCACCGGUAGCUUCGCGGGAGGCAAGGCUAGGCCCGAGGCUGAGGCCCGGGAGAACAAGGAGGGAUUCCUUACCAAACUUAAGAAAAUGUUUAGCUCCUGAUACCCCAACAGAGGCAAGCGUUCUACUGGAAACUAGGCACAAGAAGCUAAUCCUCUCCGUUGGAGGAAGAAAAAAUAAUCAUUCUUUGCCAGAUGGCCUUGAAGAUGAAAGGACUCUAGGCUAGCAGUACAGUGCAACUGCAUUCAGAGGUACCAUGAACUACUUUGGCGACAAAUAAAAUCACGUGACAGAUCCCUGCCUAGAAAAGCGGACGGACCAGUGGUGGCAGUAGGACAGAAAUCUUAAAUGGAUGACCCCGGUUUUCUAUUCUCGGAGGUGUAAUUUGAGCCACUCUGGCUCAGCAGGAAGUGGGAAUGUUGCCGGCUUAUUUUCAUUUUUAAUUCGGAGCUCAGUAUGGUGGAAGUCUUGGCUGUAGAAUGAAAAACUCUGCUUUUACAGCUUAAAAUGAAGCCUUAAGCUGCACGAAGCUGUGAAGUAAUUGGUUUCCUCCUCAGUUAAACCCUUUGAGGAUUUCCCGAAUGAAUCUGUUCCCACUGGCCCUCUUCUCCAGGAAUCUGCUCGCCUUGGUGGUAAUGCUGUCCCCUCCUAUUUAAGGUUUGAUAGGCCAGGAAUCAUCAUGCAGUUUUAACUAUGUGACAGUCACUUCCUUGUGGUAUCGAGCACUCAAACCUCACCUUUCAGUGAGUCCCUUAAAAGAAGGACUUGGAAGGAAUCGUCAGAGUCUGCGGAGGUAGAAGAGUAUGAGGCCUGAGAGACUGGAGGUUUAGUUGAUCACUUUUCAGGUUGUUGGCUGCAUGGGAUAAUUCUCAUUAUCAAAAUCACCUUCCCCCCCCCCAGCCCCCGUUCACCCCAUCUCCCUCACACUGGAGUUUUGUCAGCCGAAGGUAGUUCACAGAGCAAGCCUGAAUGAUUCCUCUUUCCAGAAUCAAAAUACUUACUAUCCGCUCUGAAAUACGUACUGCAGGGGAGACAGAAAAAGGGUCACAUAAAAACUGGCUAACCUCCGACCAUUGACGGGGGUCAUCACCUCUUACAAGAAGAAAAGUCAGUGCCAGAGAAAUACCUUUUAAAUUAUUUAAGAACUACUGUUGCUUCAUCUGUGUGUUCGUUUCAAAAUAAGUAAUCCACCUAGUUUGAUUUUUCCAGAGUCGACCUAUAGCGAGAGGUAACUGAUUUCAUAGCCACGGCCUGUUGUCUGGUGUUAGUUUCCAAAGCAUUUGGAAGUCCGUAUGCUAAAAUUUUGACACGGUAACAAAGAGCGUCUCUGAAUAGCCCCCCCCCUUUAGUUUAUUUUUAAUUUGCUAAAAUAAAGCAUAUAUUGAUGCCUAAUUAUGCAUCUGUAAAGUGAUUCUGUAUUGAUGUAAAUAAGAUUAUAUACUGCUAAGAGAUAUUUAAAAUCUAAUGUGUGGUCUUUUCUUUUUUGGAAAAAGAUGCUCAAACUAGGCUUUGGUCGUCUCUGGGAAAAUCAGUGUAAUAGAAAUAAUUGUAUUAAGCACUUACUAUGUGUCAAGCACUCUAUAAGGACUUAUAAGAGGUUGAUCUCACCCAGGAAAAAUUGGCACUUUUUUUUAAGUGGUAUUUGUUAGGCACCUUCUAUGUGCCAGGCACUGUACUAAGCCCUGAUGCUCUGUGCUCCACUUUAAGAAAGGAAAAUGAAUUAGGUGACCGAGAAACAUAAGCUCCUCAUUGGCGACAACUGUGGUACUCCAUUAUUCUGAACUCCCCAAGCACUUAGUGCAGUGUACUGCACUGUGACCACUGAAUAAAGGCUGCUGCUACUUCUGCUACCAUUCA